AAUGCAAGUGACUGAAGUUCCUUCGCCAUUCGGGUUUAAAAAUCUCACCUUGAAAAUACUUUGUUAGGAAAACCACUAUGACACUUGUUCAAUUAGCGAUUAAUUAAGUUUCAUGGGGACGACCAGGAACUUCAGAGUAAAUAUUCGUAGUCAGCCGAAGAUUCUGUGUCCGUGAGUAGGAGUUUAAAAGCUUGGAAAAUGAAGGAAAACGAUUCUUCUCUACAAAGGGAAAUUAUGUUUCCAUUUCGUAUCAGACGGCGUAAAUUUAAGACUCGAAUGCUGUCUUCCUUCCUGGUUCUAUCUGUGAUCCUAACCUUCUGGAUGGCUCGACAAGAAUUCAGUUACUCACAACAGAAAAAUCAAUCGAAUAAAGAGUGGAAUGAAUGUGUGGCGAAGAUCCAAAGUGAUCCUUCGAUCGAGCUAAGCAAUACAACCUUGAUUAGUGACGAUGACAAUAUCUACCAAACAUACAGGACUAAAGAGUGCCCCUCCAUCGUUCAAGAAUAUUUUAGCCAUCCUCCACCUACGCAGUCAGAACUUGAAUUUCCAAUAGCUUUCUCGAUUUCCGUGUACAAAUCAGCCUCGCUCCUAGAGAAACUCCUUCAAGCCAUUUACAUGCCUCAAAAUCUUUAUUGCAUUCACAUUGACAUGAAGUCCACGCCAACUUUUUGUGCAGCCGUCACGGAGUUGAUUCGAUGCUUACCAAAUGUGUUAUUGGCGAAGAAAAGCGUCGAUGUCAUUUAUCCGCAUAUCAGUAUCUUACACGCGCAGUUUAAUUGUAUGGAGGACUUGCUGUAUACUGGUAAAGACUGGAAGUAUAUGAUUAACCUUGUUGGCCAGGAUUUUCCUUUGUAUAACAAUCGAGAACUAGUUCUCGCUUUACGGGCUCUUAACGGUAAAAACAACAUUCAAAGCUUUCACCAUCCCGACUUAAAACGUCGCACACAGUAUGCAUAUGAGUUCAAAAGACGAAUGGAUGGCUCGGACCACAAAGCAUACAAACCCGUUAAGACUUAUCGAAAGAAAAGCCCACCACCCUACAACAUUACGCUUUUUAAGGGUGCAAACCACGUCGGGCUUACAAAAGGAUUUGUGGAGUAUAUAAUAUUUAACCAGACUGCGCGCGAUUUUAUUGACUGGCUGUCGGAUACGAGGAGUCCACCGGAAACCUUUUACUCUUCUUUACAACAACACCCCGGAGUUCCGGGAGGGGUCAUUGGCUUGCAGCCCGAGUUUGUUAUGCGUGCUAUAGACUGGUUUGACAAAGAAAAAGAUGAAGCGAACUAUGAAUGCCACGGAAAAUGGGUGCGGCAAAUAUGUUGGAUAAGUGUUCGCGAUCUACGCUGGGUCCUGGGCUGGAACAAGCGUAACAUGUUGUUUGUGCAGAAGAUACCAUUUGAUGUCAGCGAAGAUCUACUGCGUUGUCUAUCAAUCGCACGGGAACGUAGAGUUUAUGGAAGUUAUUUUUUCAUGACAAGGACGAACUUCUCAGAUACUUCGUAUCUUAGGUCGGAUGUCGAGAAAGAGAUGAUGGAGCGUCAUGAAUCAGUAGUUACUUAGAACCAAGACAAAAGCAAAUAAAUUAGUUAUUAAAGAAACAUUUAUGAAAAACGUAAGCAAAUUAGCACAAUGGCGCUGCGCGAUUGUGACGUCACGAAAUUUUGACCCCCUAGAGUGAUUAGGAGAAACAAACAGGCUUCUCGGGUAAAUGAAUAUGGGCGAUGAUGCGUCCAUCUCUAGUUCAAACGCCUCUAAAGCUCGUAUUUCAAAUCAAAACGACGGUGUUCCUGGCUCAAAGUUGGAGCGAGACCAAGAGAACCAUACAAACACACAAUUGAAGAUACUAAAGAAAAGUAAAGUCGAUCCUGUGAAACUUAAGGAUCUAACAGUUCAAUGUAAAAAGGGGGUUGACAGGCCUACACGACUCCCCAGCGCGUGUUUAGAACAGGCUAUUCAAAGUUUGGCCCUCACGAGUAUGUCUUUGAGCGAUCGCCCUCUUUUUUAAGACACGAGUGGCGGAUUUUGUAAAGUUCGCUCAGUACUGGUUGUAUUUCUAUUAAAUGCCAGUGUCUCAUGAGAAUUUGCUUUAGGUUUGGCAUUGAUGGUUGGUAUUGUGUAAUAAAAGGCGAGAUUCUUUG